CUUCGGCCGGAGUUGGACCUCUAACCUGACAUGUGGGGUUCCAGAAAAUGAGGGUCGUCACGUUUGGGAAAUUUAUUUGGAACAUAUGGGUUAUAGAACUUGCUUUUAAUUUAAAAGACUGAUGAUAAAAAAUCUAAAUAACACAUUUUAAGCAAUAUUAAAAGUAGCACAAAAGUAUUGGAGAUUGUUUCUUCUACCUCAAAAUAUUUCUAAUUAGAACUGGAAACAAAACUAGAGGUACCUUUAUAAUGAAUUGUAUUACCAAUCUAUUAAUAUAAAACCAACAGAAGAAUCAGACUCUCAGAAGUUCAUAACAAUCGCUUCUGCGUUAACAUUUCAUCCAAAAAUGUCCCCCACAAAUCAAGAAUCCAUCAACGCAGAAUGCGUCACAUCCGUCAAAACCAUCAACUACUCGUACUCGUGGUGCAUCAACGACUUCAGCGAUUGGUGCGCCCUGUCCGGCGAAGUUCCAGAAUCGGCCACCUUCAGCUCGAACGACGGCGAAGAACUCGAGUGGCAGCUGUACUUCCGACCCCAGUCCCUGUCCAGUCGGCCGCAUUCGGCGUUGAUGCUCUGGUUGACCAAAUCUGCCUCCAAGAAGGUGCAGGUCGAUUUUAAACUUUCUUUGCUGGAUGGCGAAAGCAAGUUGAUUGGGUCAAGAUCUACGAAGCACUUGUUCACACACGAGCGAUGUGGAUUCGGGUGGGAUGGGUUCAUAGAACGGAAGAGGUUGAUGAAGAGAGUUCGGGUUUUCGAUAAACUGAUCAUAACCUGUGAUAUUCGAGCAAAGGUCAAAAUCGAAAAUGAAUUGUCGAUCACGUACAACACGACCACCGUUUCGGACAGUCUCAAAACAGAUUUGUUCAACUUGCUGGACGACGAAAAGCUCAGCGAUGUGACGUUCAUGAUCCGAGGUCAGGACUUCCCAGCUCACAAGUGCAUCCUGGCAGCACGAAGUCCCGUUUUCGCCGCCAUGUUCAGUCAUUCAAUGCAAGAAACGAUAGACAGCACCGUCAACAUCCCCGAUGUAGAUCCAGCAGUGUUCAAGGAGCUCCUCCGGUUUAUUUACACCGACCAGGUCAACGACCUGGACACCAUGGCCGAUCGGUUGUACGCGGCAGCUGACAAGUACGAUAUCACCGCGUUGAGGAGCCACUGUCGGAAAAUGAUUCUGAAGAAGCUGUCCAUCGAAACCGCUGGGGACGCGUUGAAGUUGGCUGAUUUGCACUGCGAUCGGGAUAUGAAGGCGCGCGUGUUGCAGUUUCUUCGAAGUCGGGACGCGAUUGGAGUUACGGGGACGAUCGGUUGGCAGGAGAUGGUCGCGACACAUCCACAUCUGGAGGAGGAAGCGUUCAAAAUUAUGGCGGAUUCUUCUGCGAAAGGGAAGAAACGUUCGUCGGUUGUGUGGAGGUUUGGAAGGGCUUUGCUAAGAACUUUCAAAGUGACUAAAAGUUCUUAGAUUUUGAUAGAAUUGUAGAUAUUGUUAAAAUAAAAAUAGAUUUUUAAAUUUAGAAUUCGUUAUCUUUCAUAUUCGCCACUUAUUCCAAAUCUGCCAAAAUGAUCAAAUUACAACGAUCGCGAUCGAUUUCAAAACGCCAAAACCGGCUCCCGGAACAGUGUUUCCGUCUGCUACCUCCGCCUGAAAAGCUGAAACUUACCUGAAUAUGUGCUGAAGCUCGUGCUAACCAGCUC